AUGAAGAAGGUGAUUGAUGUGCGGACGGAUUUUUCGGUGUUGCGGGAGUGUGAUGAUUGGGUGGUGGUGGGGAAGCCGGCGCCGUUGGUGGUGCAUCCAUCGGGGGAGAAGGUGGAGCCGAGUUUGGUGACGGAGCUGGAGGGUUGGUAUCGGGAGCGGGGGGUGGCGGUGCCGGAGUUGUGUCUGGUGAAUCGUUUGGAUCGGGAGACGAGUGGGUGUGUGUUGGUGGGGAAGUCGCGGAGGGCGGGGAGGAUUUUUGGGAAGGCGAUGCAGAGGCGGGAGAUCGGGAAGGUGUAUGAGGAGAUUGUGUGGGGGUGGCCUGAGUGGGAACGGAGAGUGUUAGAGGCUCCUUUUUUAAGAAUGGGAGAGGUGGAGGAGAGUGCGGUGUGGGUGCGGCAGGCGGUGCAUGAGGAGGGGCGUGAAUGUGUGACGGAGUUCGAGGUGGUGCGGAGGUUCGAGAAGGGCGGGGAGAGGUUUGCGGUGGUGGGGUGUCGGUCGAGGACGGGGCGGACGCAUCAGAUCCAAGCGCAUCUGGAGUAUGUGGGACAUGCGAUUGUGGGGGAUAAGAUUUAUGGUGGGGAUGGGUCGGCGUAUUUUGAGUUUAUUGAAAAGGGUUGGACGGAGGAGUUGCGCGAGAGGUUGUGGAUGGAUCAGCAGGCUCUGCACGGGUGUGGGAUGGAUUUUUCCUGGGAGGGGGAGAGGGUGGAGGUGGAGUGUGCUUGGCCAGCUGAGCUGGUGGAUUUUUUGAAGGACUGUUAG